AUGGCUGCUGAAAACACUACAUUCUACAAUCCAGUUUUUCCUGGCUGGCACACGGAUCCUACCUGUACAUUCGUCCCAGAACUCGACAAUACACACUUCUGCGCUUUUUCGUCGUUUCUGACAUUCCCCGGCAUUCCAAUUUAUGCAAGCAAGGACCUAAUCAACUGGAAGCUUGUCAGCCAUGCUUUGAUUCGCGAAACACAGUUGCCCGAGCUUCUUACCGACGGCUCGAUCCAACAUCAGGGCAUCUGGGCCCCGACUUUGCGCUACCAUGAAGGUCGACUCUACAUCAUUUCACCCUACAUUCUGUUCAACACCUGGUUCCAGCAGAUAUUCGUCGUCUCGACAGCCGACCCCUUUGAUACUGAUUCAUGGACCGACCCGAUCUGGAUGGACAACCCUACCAACUCCAUCGACCCUGAUUUCUUCAUGGACAAAGGAACGUUGUACGUGUCCAUGUCGGCGGGCGAUAGGAUUGUUCAAUCGAGGUUUAACAUGGCCACUGGCGAGACGAGCGAGCCUAUUCGCCUCUGGAGCGGUACCGGCGGUCGUAACCCAGAAGGGCCACACAUCUACAAGAAGGAUGGAUGGUACUACCUACUCGUCUCGGAGGGUGGUACUGAGACUAACCACACCGUCACAAUUGCCCGCGGAAAAGACCCUGAGGGACCGUUCGAGGGCUAUGAAAACAAUCCCGUCUUGACCAACAAGAACACAGACGAAUACAUUCAAUGCGUUGGGCAUGCCGACUUCUUUCAAGAUUUCGAAGGAAACUGGUGGGGUGUGGCUUUGGCCUGCCGUUCGGGUCCCGAGUGGCAGAUUUACCCCAUGGGUCGAGAGUCUCAUUUGUAUCCGAUGACAUGGGAUGAAGGCGAAUGGCCAGUCCUCGCACCGGUCCGCGGUCGCAUGUCGGGGCCGCUACCACCGAAGAACCUCGAUGUAGCUGGAGAAGGGCCCUGGUUGUCGGACGGCGACGAGUAUGACUUUGCGCCCGGGUCUUCCAUUCCGAAGAACCUCAUCCACUGGCGGAUUCAGCAAAACAGAACCGAGAGGUUCACUGUUUCUCCCGAAGGUCAUGCCAACAUGCUACGACUCACGCCAACAAAGUACUCCCUUGACUCCGCUGUACCUCCCGAACUCAUCGGUGACCCCAACGCCGGGAUUCACCCCCUGACUUUCAUCGCGCGAAAGCAGUCUCAUACCAUCUUCAACUUUAGUGUUGACCUAAACUUUCACCCUGGUGAAGAGAACGAAGAGGCGGGCGUUACGCUCUUUCUGACGCAGUUCCAGCAUGUUGAACUGGGAUACGUCCGCCUCAAAGCACCCGAUGGUCGUCUUGCCAUGUAUCUCCGUUUCAAGCAUGAACUUUCCGGCAAAGAGGGAUAUGAAGGAGAACCACUCGCCUCGGAGCCCGAGCCGGCACUUCACAAGGUACCGUGCGCCUGGCUGGGACAUCCGGUCAGGCUGCAGAUUUCAGCAGUCAACGAGACGCACUACGUUUUCAACGCUGCAUCUGUGGGGUCGGACGGCAAGGAGAGCGAUAAGGUCGUUCUCGGUAUUGUCAGCGCGUGGUUCAUGAGUGGUGGUUCGGGGCAGUUCAUGGUGGGAGCGUAUGCCACGAGCAACGGGGGCGACAAUCUGACGCCGGCGUACGUGAGUCGAUGGCGGUACGAGCCAAUUGCUCAACGCAUUUCCGACGACGAGUUUGUGCCUGCCGAUGAGCAUCCGGUGCCUGGGAGGGCGUGA